AUGGAUAAAAAAAUUCAAACAUUGCAACAAUUUAAUAAGUAUAAAAAAGGUAGGAAUUGGCCAAAUAAUGAUUUGACGCAAAAUAAGAUAGAUAUCCCCACACUACUUAGUACUAACUCAAUAUUUCACUCAUCUAACUCCAAUAUCAAAUAUACAUAUACACAUGGCUAUUUAACACCAAUAUCAUCUACUGGAAUAACAUCUACAGUUACCACAUCUAAAGAUCCCAGUUCGAAAUCUCGAUUUCCAGUAAAUGUUAUGCUAAAUAACAAAAUAAUGAAAUGCAAAAAUAUUGAAUCCCUACUCAACUUAAUAUUUACACAUUUAGGAUCUUUUAAUGAAGUAAAUAUGGUUACUUUAUUGCAUAGAUUAGCUAUAAAGUGCCAUGAUAGUCAUGUAAAACGAAAAAUAAGACAAGAUGAGAGAUUUGGAUUACUUUUAGAUAGUUUAAUAUACAGACUUAGUUAUUCAAAAUCAUUUUUACCUCAAGAACUUGCAAAUACAGUUUGGUCUUUAGUAAAGAUUGGUAUAUAUGAUCAUAUAAUAUAUGAUCUAGUUAGUAAUGAAGCAGUAUAUCAGUUAGAUCGGUUUAUUGCUAUUAAUCUGAGUAUGUUACUCUGGUCUUACAGUAAAUCAGGUAAAAAAUAUAAUUAUUUAUUCAUCACUGCUAUUCCAAAAGUUUUAAGUGAAUUAGAUAAUUUGCAAUCUCAACAAAUAUCAAAUAUUAUUUGGUCAUAUGCAAAAAUUGGUUUAAUAUCUCCACAUCUAUUUGAAAAUAUUGCUAAACGUUGCACUAGUAUACUAUCAGAAUUUCUUCCAAUCCACAUAUCUAUGACUGCCUAUGCAUUUGCAUUGGCAGAUAUAUGCCCAUUAAAAUUAUUUUCUAUGAUUUCAAAAUUAAAUAUAGAAUCUUUUAAUCAUAAAGCUUUAGUUCAUAUUAUUUGGUCAUUCUCAAUAACUAAAUUUUCUCUUUCUUUGAAUUGGAUUCAAUAUAUUUGUGAAGAUAAUAAACUAGAUAUCUUAUCAUUACAUGAAAUUAAUCUUUUAUUAUCAUCUUUAUGCCUUAACUUUGUUGAUGGAUAUGUUAAAAUAAAGAUAUAUGUUACAGAAAAUACUCAACAUGAAGUGAAUGAUGAUGUUGUUCUAUUACCAAGAGCUUUGGCUAUUAGAGAUCGUAAUCCUGAUAUAACAUGUAUUGAAUGGAAUCACUCUUUGCCUUUAUUACAUGCUAUUGAAUAUUUUACUUCUAGAUCUUUAGAUAAUUGUAGAGCAAAACAAAUACUUUGGAAUCUUAUUGAUAAACUAACAGAAAAAUUAUUAAAUAAAUACCAAAUAUAUAACGAUAUUUUAGAUAUUAUAUGGCUAUUAUAUAUUAUUGGUAAAGAUAUUAGAACAAUAAGGUAUCAUAUUUAUGAGCAUUCAAAUGCAACAAAUAUUAACGAUAUAGAUUCUUUACUUCCAGAUAAUGAUCAAUAUAAUAUUGUUAAAAAUGUAUCUUUAGAUCUAAAUAAAUUUGUAAUAGAUUCACCUAAAGAUAAUUUACAAAUUGUCAGUCCUAUAUCUACUUGUUGUACUAUAGAUGAAUGGUUUCAUGGUGAAAAUAACAAUAUAACUUCCUCUAAGGAAAUAGUUCAAUUUCAACUAUAUGAGUUUACAAAUACAAACCAGUGUAAUUUACUAAAAAAUAUUGUAAUGAUUUCAUAUACAUUAUUAUUCACAAUAAUUGUCUUAUUUAACAUUACUCAGAUUAACAGCUCUAUAUAA